AUGACGAUCAAGCACAACCAGCAGAUCCAGCACAACCAUUUCCGCAAGGACUGGCAACGCCGUGUCCGCGUGCACUUCGACCAGGCUGGCAAGAAAGCUAGCAGGCGAAAUGCCCGCCUCGAGAAGGCUGCCAAGGUCGCGCCUCGCCCUGUCGACCGUCUGAGGCCCGUUGUGCGAUGCCCGACUGUCAAGUACAACCGUCGCGUCCGCGCUGGCCGUGGUUUCACCUUCGCUGAGCUCAAGGAAGCCGGUAUCCCCAGGAAGCUCGCUCCCACCGUUGGUAUCGCUGUCGACCCCCGACGACAGAACUUCUCUGAGGAGUCCCUCAAGGCCAACGUCGCCCGACUGAAGGCAUACAAGGAGCGCCUCGUUGUUUUCCCUCGCGCCAACGGCAAGCCCAAGACUGGCGACGCCCCCGCCGACGAAGUCUCUGCUGCCAAGCAGAUCGGCGAGUUCCCCCACGACGGCAAGAUCAAGCACAGCGCCCAGGCUUUCCCCAUCUCGAACAAGUACGUCCCCGAGGACGGCAAGAUCUCCGACUUCAAGCCCACCGAGAACGCCUACCGCAAACUCCGCGACGCCCGCAGCGAGGCCCGCUACCGGGGUGCCCGCGAGAAGCGCCAGAAGGACAAGGCCGAGGAGGAGGCCAACGCCAAGAAAUAGACGAAAGUUCUUUGAGUGUUGUUCGUACGAAAUUCAUUGCAGGCAUGGCGUUUGUCUUUCAUCUUCUGGGCGGCGUGGCUGGCAAGGCUGGCGCAGGGCGGGUCUGCCUAGGAGGCGGAUCCCGGAUGUACUAGGGUGCUUGAGGG